AUGAGCGACUGUGGAGAUGACUCCGAAGGUUCUUCGAGAGGCGGUGGGGGGGCAAAAGCUGGAAUAGGAGCGGACUCAGACUCUGUGAUAGUGUCCUUGGGGCGAUUGGCGUCAACGGAAGAGGUAAAGAAGAGCGACGAGAAGGUAGGCGGGUUCGAGGAUGAAGAGCAGGACGAAAAUGCUUCUGAUGGUGGUGAAUGGGUGGGAGGGCCUGUAUACGACUCGUCCUCCGCCGGGGAGUCCGUCUGA